AUGGCGGCAGAUAGGUUCACAGAGCGCAUUGUAGAGAUGUACGAUGCCAUCGUCCUCCACCCUAGAAACACAGGUUAUAGCUGUGACAUAUUCCGCAAUCACGUCCGCUUUAGAUCAGCGACUUCCGGUCCCCCUGCCCGCGUCACCUACACUGCAACCGUAGCUCCAGAGAUGUGCAACGGUCUAGGAAACCUGCACGGCGGAUGUGCCACAACGCUGAUUGACGUGUGCACGUCGACUCUACUGCUUGCCUUGGGAGGACAUUUCUCCGUCGGUGGAGUGAGUCGGUCGCUUAACAUGACGUUUCUACGACCUGCGCCGGAGGGAACGGAGAUUUCCAUCAGUUGCGAGCUCGUGCAUGCCGGGAAACGGCUGGCGUUGCUUCGGGCCGAUAUUCGCAGGGCGGAUACGGGUGCUCUGUGUGUCCUGGGGGAGCAUGACAAGGCCAGUACGCCGAUGGAUUCACAGCUGAAGCUGUAG